UAUUUUGUUGUAACCAUUGCGAGGACGCUUGUAAUUGCGAUUUUGCGAUGCGCUGCUUUCGCCCGACGCGCAGCUCCUGGCAGCCACAUUUAAUUGGCCCCAAAUCAGGGAUUAAAUCUGGCGAACAAAUAAACCAUUAGAUGCAAAAAGAACAACAAACAAAAACAGGAAACAGAAAACGGAAAACAGUAACAACUUUUUUUGUUUGGACGCGCAUUAAAAUGGAACGGAGUGGAAAUAGAAAUAUGUUAAGAGCCCUGAAAGAAACACAAAAGCACGGAACCUGAGCAACACACCAGUGAUAUAAUAGUAAUCUACAUAGGACACCUUCUCCUCCCCCCGGAACUCCUUAAAAUACGAAACAGAAUCCUCCAAUCUUCAAUUUCCAAUCUCACCCAAGCCUUUUGCCAAGAUGGCCGUGCAACUGAAGCAGAGCUACCACCACCACCACCUGCCCCUCACGAUCACCCCUAUCCUGCAUCAUUCGCAACAGCAGCAGGAGCCGCAACAGCAGUUGCAGCAGCACAUCCUGCAGCCGCCACAGCCACCGGAUCUCACCUUCCACUGCAUGUGCUGUGCCGAGUUCUUCGUUCAUCCACUGGCCCUCUACCAGCACAUGAACACACUGCACCCGAAUGAGCCCGCCCACGGACAGCCGGAGCCGGAGAGUGCCGCCGAGGAGAACGAGGACUACAGCUGGAUCUUCGAGCCGGUGUGCGAGCUGGCCGAGGAUGGCAGCGACUCCUCGGAGGGCAGCGACUCCUCCGAGUCGGACAGCUCCUCCUCCUCGGACGACGACGACGACAAUGACGAUGAUGAUGACGACGACGACGACAGCAGCUCCAGUUCGAGUUCCAGCGGUUCGGAUUCCACGUCCGGCAGCACGGUGCCCAGUUCGAGUCACUCCAACAACCAGCAAAGCCAGCCAAUGCUUGGCCUGAUCCCAGGACCGGGUCCGCAUGAGUAUCAGCUGCAAAUGGCCGAUCCCCGGGAGUCCACCUCGAUAUUCAUGGUUCAACCGGCUGUCAGUGUGACACCCGUGCCGCAGUUUGCACCGCCGGCAGCCACGACCACGCUGGGAUUCGCCCUGGACUCCGCGACGCCCAUCAAGCGGCGGCGGGGCAGACGCAGCAAUGUGCCGGCACCGACGAUGGAUGCCGCGGUGAAUGGCCACCAGAAGUGCUUCCAGUGCACGCACUGCGAGGCCAGUUUCCCCAAUGCCGGCGACCUGUCCAAGCACGUGCGCUCGCACAUCGCCAACAAGCCGUUCCAGUGCUCCAUCUGCCAGAAGACCUUCACGCACAUCGGCAGCCUGAACACGCACAUCCGCAUCCACAGCGGCGAGCGGCCGUACAAGUGUGAGCUCUGCCCGAAGGCCUUCACGCAGUCGAGCAGCCUGAUGGUGCACAUGCGAUCCCAUUCGGUACGCAAGCCGCACCAGUGCCUGGAAUGCGACAAGGGCUUCAUCAACUACAGCUCGCUGCUGCUGCAUCAGAAGACGCACGCGGCGCCCACCGAGACGUUUGUGUGUCCGGAGUGCGAGCGGGAGUUCAAGGCGGAGCCGCUGCUGGACGAGCACAUGCGGAUGCAUCUCUGCCUGCUGGUCUAUCAGUGCGCCAUCUGUCGCGAGGCCUUCCGCGCCAGCUCGGAAUUGGUGCAGCACAUGAAGAACCACAUGGGCGAGAAGCCAUUCACCUGCUCGCUGUGCGAUCGCUCCUUCACGCAGUCGGGCAGCCUCAACAUCCACAUGCGCAUCCACACCGGCGAGAAGCCGUUCCAGUGCAAGCUCUGCGACAAGUGCUUCACCCAGGCCUCCAGCCUGAGUGUCCACAUGAAGAUCCAUGCCGGCGAGAAGCCCUUCACGUGCCCCAUCUGCGGCAAAUCCUACAGCCAGCAGGCGUACCUUAACAAGCACAUCCAGGCGCAUCAGGUGGCUGCCUCCGCCGCCGUCGCCGUCUCGUCAUCCUCCUCCUCUUCGGGAAUGCUGAUCGCCAAGCAGCCGCACGAGACGCUGGUCUGCAUCGUCUGCGGAUCGCUGCACGCGGACGCCACUGCGCUGGCCAACCACGUGACCAGUCAGCAUGCUGCGCUCCUGGACACAAUGAAGCAGUCGGGCGGCUCUCUGCCGGAGGGCAAGUGCAGCCUGGAGGAGCAGCAGGCCUACAUGCAGCGCGUCCAGUCCGUCUUGCAGCAGAUGAACCACCAGCAACAGCAGCAGCAAAUGCUGAUCCCGCAGCAGCCGAAGCUGCCGCUGGCAAUGGAUUCCACCGGCGAGGAUGAAGAGGAGCCGGAGGAUCCGCCGGAUGAAGAGGACGAGGAAGAAGAAGAAGAAGACGUGCCGCCAGAGGUGAAGGCCGAAAUGGAGGAGGCAGACGAACCACUGACCCACCAGAGCUAUCCGAUUCUGGGUCUGCAGGAGGAGCAGAUGCUAUUGGAUUCGAAUAUGUAUUACGAGGAUUUCGCCGACAUGGACGUCGGCUGCCAGGAGGAGGUGUUCGGCGACUAUGUCCUGAACGAGGAGGAGGUCUACACCGAGGCGCUCAUCUAGACCUAAGCACCACCUACGAUUGGCCAUAGUUUAUGUGAGCCGUUCAUAUUUACACUGAACAGGCAGCUCAGCAAAACUAUUUUACUUUGCCCGAUCUUACAAUAUAUUUAUUUUAUAUCGCUCUUGUUUGACAACUGAACAAGUCGUGCAAUUUAUACAUAGAACAUCAUUCGGAAAUGUUUCAAAACCCAUCUUAAAAGUUUAUGAAUGUCACAGUUUUACAAUGUACUUUUCCCAGACAUCAUGAAGUUUCGUAUUGUAAAAAUAUCCUUGAAAACCUGGCUCCAAUAUCCUUCAUACAAAGCUGAACAUUUACAAAUGUUAUCCAUCAGAUACCCUUUUUUUUUGCCUAAUCAUAAGAUCAAAAUGAUUUGGGGAGCAUUCCUAGUACAACUGGUUCCACAUUUUGUGCAACCAGAACUAAAUUCCAGUUUUGUCUCUCAUGCAACACAAAUCAUCAAAACAUGGACGUAUUGUAUUUGCACAUCAUCUUCUAAAGAUAUUACAUUUUGUUAGUAUUAAGGCCUACUUUAUGCUGCUCAUUUUACAUCCCAAAGGAUUUUCCCUUUCCCACAUUGGAACUGCAAUGGUUCCAAGUAUUCCACGUCGCGUAUUUCCCUAAAUCGCCUGAAGAGAUUACAUUAAUCGUUAUACUUAA